GCCAGGGUGAUCUAUCCUCUGUCGGACUCCCCUGCUCUGAAGAUGUCCCAGUCAUCCCCGGCUGACGAAGGCCCCACGUUCGAGCACCUCUGGAGCUCGCUGGAACCAGACAGCACCUACUUCGACCUGCCUCCAGCCAACCCCAGCAGCAGCAGUGAGGUCUCCAACAGCACAGAGGUCACGAUGGACGUGUUCCAGAUGAGGGGCAUGACUGACUCGGUGAUGUCCCAGUUCAAUUUGCUGAACAACAGCAUGGAUCAGAGCAUCGGCAGCAGAGCAGCCUCCACCAGCCCCUACAGCUCCGAGCACACCUCCAAUGUCCCAACGCAUUCUCCCUACUCGCAGCCCAGCUCUACCUUCGACGCCAUGUCCCCGGCCCCCGUCAUCCCCUCCAACACCGACUACCCUGGUCCCCACCACUUCGAGGUGACCUUCCAGCAAUCCAGCACCGCCAAGUCAGCCACCUGGACAUACUCCCCGCUGCUGAAGAAGCUGUACUGUCAGAUCGCCAAGACAUGCCCCAUCCAGAUCAAGGUGUCCACCUCGCCACCCCCGGGCACCAUCAUCCGGGCCAUGCCCGUCUACAAGAAGGCAGAGCACGUCACCGAGGUGGUGAAACGCUGCCCCAACCACGAGCUGGGCCGCGACUUCAAUGACGGCCAGUCAGCUCCUGCCAGCCACCUCAUCCGGGUGGAAGGCAACAACCUGUCCCAGUACGUGGAUGACCCGGUGACGGGGCGGCAGAGCGUGAUGGUGCCCUACGAGCCCCCGCAGGUGGGGACCGAGUUCACCACCAUCCUGUACAACUUCAUGUGCAACAGCAGCUGCGUGGGAGGGAUGAACAGGAGGCCCAUCCUCAUCAUCAUCACCCUGGAGACGAGAGACGGCCAGGUCCUGGGCAGGAGAUCCUUCGAGGGGCGGAUCUGUGCCUGUCCCGGCAGGGACCGGAAAGCCGACGAGGAUCAUUUCCGAGAGCAGCAAGCCCUGAACGAGAGCACGGCCAAGAACGGCAAUGCCAACAAGCGCACCUUCAAGCAGAGCCCCCAGGGCAUCCCAGCGCUGGGCACCGGCGUUAAGAAACGGAGGCACGGAGAGGAGGAGAUGUACUACGUGCCUGUGCGAGGCCGGGAGAACUUUGAGAUCCUGAUGAAGAUAAAGGAGAGCCUGGAGCUGGUGGAGCUGGUCCCGCAGCAGCUGGUGGAUUCCUACCGGCAGCAGCAGCAGCAGCUCCUGCCGAGGCAGAGCCAGCUGCAGACACCUUCCUCCUAUGGCCCCGUGCUUUCCCCCAUGAAUAAAGUCCACGGCGGAGGAAUCAACAAGCUGCCCUCUGUGAACCAGCUGGUGGGGCAGCCUGCCCAGCACAGCUCCAGUUCUGCACCCAGCCUGGGCCCCAUGGGACCUGGAAUGCUGAACAGCCACCCCAUGCAGACCAAUGGAGAAAUGAAUGGGGGCCACUCAUCCCAGUCCAUGGUGUCCGGGUCACACUGCACCCCCCCUCCUCCCUACAACGCAGACCCCAGCCUCGUCAGUUUUUUAACAGGAUUGGGGUGUCCAAACUGCAUCGACUAUUUCACCUCACAAGGGUUACAGAAUAUUUACCACCUGCAGAACCUAUCCAUAGAGGAUCUCGCAGCACUGAAGAUCCCGGAGCAGUACCGCAUGAUCAUCUGGCGUGGUCUGCAGGAGCUCAAGCAGAGCCACGACUACGGGGCCCAGCAGCUGAUCCGCUCCAGCAGCAGCAACGCCUCCACCAUCUCCAUCGGCAGCUCGGGCGAGCUGCAGCGGCAGCGGGUGAUGGAGGCCGUGCAUUUCCGCGUGCGCCACACCAUCACCAUCCCCAACCGCGGCGCGGCCGACGACUGGGCCGACUUCGGCUUCGACCUCCCGGACUGCAAAUCCCGCAAACAGUCCAUAAAGGAGGAGUUCACGGAGGGAGAGAUCAACUGA